AUGGAGGAGGACGUUGACGACUGGCAGGACCUCUCCGUCGAAAACGGUGACACAAUGAGGUGGAUUCAGUGGUUCACCUCCCUGGAGGGUCACGAAUUUUUACUCGAGGUGGACGAGGCAUACAUUCGCGACCAAUUCAACCUCUGCGGCCUAAAGACCAUGAAGAACUACGAUAGUGCGAUGGACAUGAUCCUGGGAUUCGCUCCCACUGAAGAGGUCUUCAUGGACACCUCAUUUUUGGAAUUGUACAGAAGCGCGACGGACCUCUACGGCAUGAUCCAUGCGCGCUUCAUCACUUCGCCCAUGGGCCUUCAGAUGAUGAAGGAGAAGUACCAACAGGGCGUGUUUGGGCACUGCCCACGUGUAAGGUGCCAGAGGCAGAACGUGUUGCCUGUUGGCUUCAGUGACACUCUCCACAACCACCGCAUCAAGAAGUACUGCCCCCGUUGCCAGGAGGCGUACAUUUUCAAAUUCGGCGAGGCGCACGCCGACAUCGAUGGCGCCUUCAUCGGGCGGUCAUUCCCGCAUAUAUUCCUUCUCACAUUCCCGAGUCUCAUUCCGGAGGAGCCUCCAAUGCCGUACACUCCGCGCAUAUUCGGCUUCAAGGUGCACAACAUCAACUCGCUGAUUCAGAUAAAGCUAGAGAACGGUGAGUUUGGCCGUGUACAGUUAACCAACGGCAAAUCGCAAGAUAUGAACAACUUAGAGGACGAUAGCGAAACCUAA